CAGCAGCAUGCUCGGUCAGUGAAUCACAUGUCUGCACCGUCCCCGUUAUCCGCUGGUAUAAAUAAGAGCAGCAGCGAGCCUGGGGCAGCUUCGGAGGAGCUGGACUCUCAGGAAACAAACAGAGGUCUUUGGCAUCAUAUUCACAUCAUUACCUGCUGGCCCUGCAAGAGUCAGAGAGGAUGCUAAUGAUGAUGAUGAUGAUGAAGAGGAAAGGCUCGAAAGAGUCUUUGACCUUGGUGGCUCUUCUGGUGGCCUCAGCCAGCUGUAUCCUUCCUCCGACAAAAGAAGAUCUUAACCAGAUUUCCAUUCAGGGAGAAAAGUAUCUGGACAGACAAAUUGAAAAUGCCAUCAAUGGAGUGAAGGAAAUGAAGAGUGUGAUGCAGAAAUCUUCAGAGGAGCACAAGAGGUUUUUGGAUGAUCUGGAGAAAACCGAGCAGAAGAAAGAGGAAGCGAUGCGUACAGCUCAGGAGAUGGAGGCCAAGCUGGAGAAGGAGGAGGAGGUUUGUAACGAGACCAUGAAGGCUCUGUGGGAGGAGUGCAAGCCUUGUCUGAAGAACACCUGUGUGAAAUACUACUCCCGAACUUGCAGCAGCGGAUCUGGACUGGUGGGACGUCAGCUGGAGGAGGUUCUGAAUAGAACAUCUCCUUUCUCCAUCUGGAUCAAUGGAGAGAAGAUCGACAUCCUGGAGCAAGAAGGACAACGGCAGAACAGAGAGUUCAAGAACCUGGAGGAAAAAUACACAGAGAUGGCCGACGGCGUGGACAACAUAUUCACAGAUAGCAUGAAGGUGGCCGAUUAUGUGCACUACAGCCCUCCUGUGAUCUAUUUGCCUAACUUCCUGUCGCCGUACGCUCGCCGCGGCAGAAGCAUCCGCUCUCUGUUCCACGAUCCUUUCCACGGCUUCCAGAACCUGUUCUCCCCUAUGAUGGGAAUGAGCCGGAACUUCUUCAGUUCCAUGGGCUCCAUGAUGGACAUGGACAGUGACACUGUUCCCAAUGAGGAUGGUAACGUAAAUGAGGACGUGAUCAUCACCAAACCUUACGGUAACGGCAGGAUGACCUGCAGAGAGAUCCGUCGCAACUCAGCCGGCUGCUUCAAGUUCCGCGACGAGUGUCAGAAGUGCAAAGAAAUCCAGCACAUUGACUGCUCUGGGAAGAAACCUCUGGAGGGUCCCCUGAAGGAGGAGCUGGAGGAGGCUCUGGCCUUGGCCGAGCGUUUCACCCAGCAGUACAACUCCCUCCUGAAGAGGUUCGAAGAGCAGAUGCUCAACACCUCCUCCAUCUUGGAUUUGUUCAACAGUCAGUUCGGCUGGGUGUCUUCUCUCGCGAACAACACCAGCGACGGCAUCUUCAGUGUUCAGGCGGUGAUGUGCAAGGACUCUGAGAAGAAGGUUGAUGGGGAGGAGGAGCCUGGAGAAACCAAAGUGAGCGUGAAGCUCUUCGACUCACCAUCCAUGAACUUCACCGUGCCGGGCGAAAUCCCCUGGAACGACCCCAAGUUCUCUGAGGUGGUAGCUCAGGAAGCUCUGGAUCGCUACAAGGAAACCAGUGUUGUCGUCAAAUAAGCUGGAUUUACUCCUGAACCUGCAUCGUCUUCUGACCACAGAAUGUUCUGGAUUCAUCAAAACACACCUGAAACCCUGACGCUAACCUAAUGUUCCUCUUCAAGUCCUGCUUUUGCAAACGACACAGUUUAACCUCAGAGGUUUAUAUUGUUACAUUAGUCCUGCUGUAAGAGAAGAUAUUUAGUAGAUAACAGCUCCGCUCAUGUGUAUAGUACUUCCAACAAACGCCCUUGUAUUACAGGCAACAUGGGG